UGGUUGACAUGUCUGCUAAUGCCUGACCGUACCAUAACCCCACCAUGGGGCACUCUGUUCACAACGUUGACAUCGGCAAACCGCUCGCCCACACGACGUCAUACACGCUCUCUGCCAUCUGUCCAGUACAGUUGAAACCGGGAUUCAUCCAUCGAAGUAUCAUGGUCACAGUGAUUCGCAGUGCAGCUGCCUACCAGUCCAAAACAGUCCGCUUCCUUCAUGUCACCUUCGACACUACAGGGGACUCUUUCCUGGCUGGAGAUCACCAUGGGAAUAUUUAUGUCUUAGACAUCACCAGAAACAGGUUUAGACUUGUUCAGAAAACCGGUCAAGCAUGCACUGCCUUGGCCUUCAACUUGCGCAGAACAACAGAAUUCUUGGUUGCUCUUGCAGACUACUCCAUCAAGUGCUUUGACAAAGAUACGAAGCAGCUGGUGAGCUGGAUGCGGGGUCACGAGGGGGCGGUAUCCUCCGUGUCGGUCCAUGGCUCUGGCCGCUACGCCAUCAGUACAUCAGCUGACACGGCUCAGCUCUGGGACCUGGACACCUUCCAGAGGAAGAGGAAACUCAAUGUCCGCCAAUCUGUCGGCAUACAGAGGGUGUUCUUUCUUCCUCUGGGGAACACCAUCCUCAGCUGUUUCAACGAUGACUCCAUCUUUGCCUGGGAGAGUGACACGUUGUUCUGCAAAUACCAGCUGCCUGUUCCUGAUGAGGGACCCAGGAUACACUACAAGGCAUUUGCUGUCACACGUGAUGGGAAGAUUCUGGCUGCAGGGGGCAGAUCCAACCUUCUCCAUCUGUGGUGUCUGGACACCAGGCAGCUGCUUAGAGUGGUCCAGAUGCCUCCCAAGGUCCGCACUGUCAGACAGCUGGAGUUCCUACCAGACAGCUUCGAUGGUGGGGCCAGCCAGACUCUUGGGGUGCUGAGUCAGGAUGGUGUGAUGCGUUUCAUCAACAUCCAGACCUGCAAGCUGCUCUUCAACAUCGGAUCCCAUGAUGACGCCAUCACCUCAGCCACCGUCAGUCCCAACGGACGCCAUAUUGUCACGAUAAUGGACAACGGCAGCCUAAACAUCUACAGUGUUCAGUGUCUGACCCAGGACUACAACAAGCCUCCUCCGUCCCUGGUCAAAGUGGUGUCUGGUGGAGAGUGUUCCGCUCUGACAAUGAAGGUGAAGUCAGAAGGGGUCCAGCGGCCGGCCAAAAACUCUGGUCGACGGGUCAAGACCAAAGUCCUGAGGCCUCCAGCUGUCCCCAUGACAGAGGAUAAAGAGAAUGAACUGCCUGACGGUCUAAACAAGAAGAGACUUGUGACGUUACUGAAGGCAUUUGGAGAAUAUCCAGCUAAAUACAGGAUGUUUGUGUGGAGGUCCCUCCUGCGUCUGCCAGAGAACCACGCAGCUUUCAGCAGUCUGACCGAUAAAGGCCUGCACUCUGCCUACCUCAGCAUCCAGGAGCGAUACCCCAUCAAGAGCCAGAAACUGCAGCGUGGACUUCAACGAGUGUUGUCUGCACUAGCCCACUGGGCGGCCAUCUUUGGAGAGACAGACUACCUCCCUCUGAUGGCAUUUCCCUUCGUCAAGCUCUUCCAGAAUAACCCACUGCUCUGUUUUGAAGUGGUCGCCACCACUAUAGUGAACUGGUGCCAGCACUGGUUUGAAUACUUCCCCAACCCUCCUCUCAACGUACUGAGCAUGGCAGAGAAUGUUCUGGCUCACCAUGACAAGGAACUGCUGCAGCACCUCAUCGACUGUGGAGUCACCUCUCAGCUGUAUGUGUGGCCCCUGUUAGAGACUCUGUUCUCUGAGGUGCUGACCAGAGAUGAGUGGCUCAAACUGUUUGACAACGUCUUCUCUAACCAUCCCGCCUUCUUAUUGGUAUCUGUGGUCUCAUAUGUCACCUGCUGCCGUGCCCCACUACUGCUCUGCAGCCACAAAGAGGACUUUGAGUAUUUCUUCCACCACCGUAACAACCUGGACAUCAGCUCCGUGAUAAAGGAGACGUACAGGCUGAUGGAGAGCACCCCAGCAGACAUCCACCCCAGGAACAUGCUGGAUGACUUUCAGCCUCUGACCAGGGGACAGUACCCGGUCUUCAACAAGUACCCCACCUACAUAGUGGAGUACCAGUCACAGGAGAGAGAGAGGAUACGCCAACAGGAAGUGGACUACCUCAGAGAGAGGCAGGCGGUGCAGGAGCUGCGUGCGAAGGCGGUUCAGAGGCAGGCUGAGGACGAGGCAUGGUACACCCAGCAGGAGAUACUGCAGCAGGCUGAGGAGAAACGCAGGGACAUCCUACAGCAAGAGGAGAGCAAGCUGGCUGAACAGAGAACCAGGUUAACAGCCAUGAAGCGUGAGUUGAAGGUGAAGGAGCUCCAGCUGAUGGAUGCUGCCAGGAGACGCUUCCUAAAACAGCAGCAGGACCAGAGACUGACUGAACUACACAGACUGGAUGAGCAGAUACAGAGGAAGAUGAACACCAGAGACCAGGAGACGGCAGCAGCAGUACAGGACAUACAAGUCAGACAGAUGGAGCUGGAAGCACAGAGACGCCUGUUUGAACAGCAACUGGCCAAGGAGCAGGUGCGUGUGACUCAGGAGGUCAGAGCAGAGGUGGAUACCAGGAGACACAGGUCAGAGGUCGAGGAGACCACCUUCCAACACCUCCUUAACAACGACACUGACGUCAGCCUGGGAACCAAGAAGGUUCUAGAGGAGUGUUUAGCUGAAGCAGGCCAGCUGGGAGUGGACACCGAGUGGCAGGCUGAGGUGAUGAGGCGUCUAGACCAGGAGGAUGCAGCCCGGGACAGACACUACCACCAUCUGGCUGGACUACACAGAGAGACCCUCACCAAGGAGCAGCAGCUAGUUAACAUCAUGGAGGACGUAGAGGGACAGAGGUGGGAGGAGGUGGUGUCUCAGAAGGCCCAGCUAGAGGAGCAGAGGCAGGCUGCAGCCACAGCCGAGGCCAACAGGAGAGUCUUCCUCAGCCAGGAGGAAGAGGAGAACGAGCAGCACAGAGACAACCUCCGCAGGAGCCAGGACCACUCACUCAGUCAACAGUGGGAGAUGAGAGCCAGGUCUCCAUGCUCCACUAGUGGCCUGCUUCACAAUCCUGUUGCUUCUCCUGGUCCUCAUCAGUCUCAACAACGUCACAGUCCCAACAACAUCUGUCUAAACAACCAGUCCACCUCAGACUCCUCCACUUGCUUCUCUCUGGACCGGGGUCGAGGGGAGCUGGACUGCAGAGAGAGGGAGUUGAUGCAGAACAUCAGAGAGCUACGGCAGAAACUGGCGGCCCGCGCCAAAAACUCCAACGUCUCCCAGUAACCACGACGACACACAAACACACCCGCUGUGCCUUUUUGUUUUGCAUAUCUAGACUUGAAAAGGAAACUGAAAUGGUUUGUGGUUUUCUGUCCGUUUUGAAAGAAGAUGCUGAUAUUAUUUGCCUUAACAAACAGCUGUCCUCUAACCACAACCCUGGUGUUGACUAGUUAAAGAGGGAUUAAAUGAAAGCAUUCCAUGGUCUUAAUGAGAUUUGUAGCACAACCCUCUCCUGUGUAUAUUUAGUUAUUUAAGUUGUUUUUAAAUAUUGUUGUAUCAACUCGAGUCAUUUUAUCUCUGCCUUGUUGACUAGUUUCAGUCUUUGCCAGACUAUACUCACCAGGCGUGCUCUGGUCUGAUGGUGACUUAUGACUUGCUUACCUCAGCAUAGGUAUCCAGGUAAUUCACCUUUUAAUAAAGCCUUAGCAAAUCAAA